UCUCCUGGUAAAUCUUCAUCUUUGCAUUUUGGUAGCAACCCUGAACAGUCGACGGUAUGUCGGUAUCAGGAGAAAGCAUGUCUCAGUUGGGCAAACCGGGUGCGGUCCUCAUGGUCUGCAGGUUAUGCCACAAGAAGGAUCUCUUAGCCUUAAUGGACGAGCCUUUAACAGCAGAAACUUCUACAUUGACCAUAGCUGGAACUGGAACUGCCAGUGCAGCUUAUGUCUCACCAAGCAUGAGAGAAGAUACCCGUGGACCGGAUUUGAUGGAGUUGUUUCGUCCGUUUAGUGCUGUAACCUGUUGUCAUGUAGCCAUUGACCAGAAGACAAGCAUGAGCAGAGGAUUUGGAUUCGUCAAUUUUGACAGCAGGGAAGAUGCACAGCGAGCAAUCAACACAUUGAAUGGCUAUGGUUAUGAUAACCUCAUUCUUAGGGUUGAAUGGGCCACUCCUAAACCCAAUUAGAUCUUUUUCAUUCGCUAAUGAUAAUAUUCUUUGUAAGAUGUUAAUGCAUAUGGAUUCUUGACUAUAAAUUCUCGAGAUAAAUAGGAUUCAUGUUG